AAAUAGGACACUGAAUGAAGAUCAAGAUGGUCAUUUUCUCGGUACUUUUUAUCUUUUUCUUUUAUCUUUUUUCUUUUUCUGUGGUCAAAUCAGUAUGCCAUAUCGAUUUGUUAUCCUCAAAAGGUUUCCCCCCCCAAAUCAAAUCUAUGUAUGGCAGUCAAAGGUCGUUCCUUUUUCUUAUCUUCUUCUUCUCCUUCCAUUUCCCUGCUGUCAUCCAUGGAGGCUCUUAAAUCCACUGCCAUUCCCAUUUUCAAAUCUUCCCCACUUUCAUUCCCCACCAAAUCUCUAAAACCCAUCAACGUUUCCAUUAACCCUCCCCCAUCAGACUUUGAUUUCCGAUUGGAAAUCUCUAGGGAUUCUAGAGCUACCAUUGCUGAAACUCACCCUGAGUUGCUUGAUUUGGCUGACGAUGGCAUAUUGGUUUUGGUUGACAAGACGAAAUUUGGGCCUGUCCCAGCGUGGAGGGCCGAAUUCGUGGAACCCCAAGCAAUAUGGCUGGUUGGAACUUCGCAUAUUUCUCCUAAAUCGGUAAAGGAUGUCGAGCGAGUUGUUCGAGCAGUAAAGCCUGAUAAUGUGGUAGUCGAGCUUUGCAGGAGCAGACAUUUGUUCCAGAGCUGGUAUCAUGUAUACUUUAGAUACGGGUGAGCCAGACCAAAAACUGAAAUCCAACAUGUUUUCCUUGAGUGGGGAUGGUUUUCUAGGUGCUGUUGUUCGCAGCAUAAACCUGGGAGGCCAAACUGCUCUUGCUUUGCGUCUGCUUCUAGCAGUGUUUUCAUCCAAAAUUUCAUCAGAUGUCAACCGUCCUUUUGGAGACGAGUUUCGAGCUGCUCGUAAAGCAUCUGAAGAAGUUGGUGCUCAAAUAGUUUUGGGGGACCGGCCAAUUGAGAUAACACUAGAGAGGGCAUGGAAUGCUCUGAUUUGGACUGAGAAGUUGAGUUUAGUAAGCUCAGUUAUUCGUGGAAUAACAUCGGAAUCUGAUUUCUCUCAAAACAUUGAUGAGGAAUCCGAUGGAAAUGGUAGUUCUUUGCAGCUCUAUGAGAAGCUUGGUUUUUCUUAUCCAUCCCUCCUUCAACCUCUCAUUCAUGAACGAGAUACGUACCUUGCAUGGUCUCUGAAGCGUAGCAAGGCGGUGAACAAGAGCAAGAGGGUGGUUGGGGUGAUUGGAAGAGGCCAUAUGAACGGUGUCAUUUACGCAAUAACAUCGGACCAAGGAAACUUACGAUUUCGUGACCUUGCAGGUAAGAAAGCUGGAGAAGGUAAUUCCAAUGGCUUUGUUAGCAGUCUCCUGAAAGACUUGGUUAGAGACACUAUAAUUGGUGUUAUUGUGUGGGUUUUAUAUGAACAAUUAAAACAACUACACAUAAUACCUUAGCAAGGUAGGUGCCAUGGCAACUGAUUACUUUCCACCAAUUCAUCUUUGCAGAAAAGUGAUUAGAAAUUUAUACACAUUGAUUAUGUAUAAAGAUAUCAUUUGUUCCCUGUAUUUGUAUAUUUAUCUAUUUUUCAAUAAAUAUAAAAGAAUGUAUCAUGCAUAUAUAAUCUUUUAUAUACUUUCUCUCAAUACAAACUAUUGAACUGGCAA